AUGGUCUCAACUAUAUUGUCACCUUCAACAUUACUAAUUUCACAAAAAAUCAUCAAACCCUCAUCCCCAACUCCUCCUACAAAAAAAUUGCACAAACUUUCUCUUAUAGAUCAAGCCAUAGCAAAUGUUUACAUACCCUUUGCCCUUUUCUACACUAAACAACAACUUGAUUCAAUUCCAAAAAGCCCUUCUCAAAUAUCUCAAAUUCUUGAGAAUUCUCUUUCACAAAUUUUAACCUUAUAUUAUCCAUAUGGUGGGAGGUUACAUGAUAACACUAUCGUCGAUUGUGAUGACACUGGAGCUGAGUUCUUACAAGUACAAAUUGAUAGUCCAAUUUCUGAGGCUCUUAAUUGCCAUAACGCGCUUAUUGAACGUGCAGUAUUUCCUGAAAAUUUACCUUGGAAAAAUUGUACGAAUCAUGGACUAAUCGUAGCUCAACUUAGCUAUUUUAAUUGUGGAGGAAUAGCUAUUAGUAUGUGUAGUUCACAUAAAAUUGGAGAUGGAUGCAAUAGUUAUUAUAUGUUUCGUGAUUGGGCUGAGAUAACAAGUAAUCCAAAUGGUGUAAAACCAUCUAUUUCCUAUUUGGAGCAAUCUAUUUAUCCAUCUCCUCCAAAUGGUCCUUUAACUUCCCCAGUGAUUGGCUUAAAAAAAGAGGAUUGUGUACAAAGAAGGUAUAUCUUUUCACCUUCAAAAUUACACGAACUCAAGACACUAGUUGCCGCGGAAACAAAAAUCCAAAAUCUAACACGUACAGAAGUUGUUAGCGGACUUCUUUUUAAAAGCAUUGUUUUCGUGAUCAAGGCAAAUUCGGGUUCAUUUCUCCCUUCUACAUUGGUUCAACCUAUUGAUUUGCGAAAUCAACUGAAUUUGCCACUAAAUAUAGUAGGAAAUGUCCUCACAUCUUUUCCAACAUCAAUAUACAAUGAAGAAAACAUGAAAUUAUCAAUAAUAGUUAGUGAAAUGAGAAAAGGAAAAGAACAAGCUUACAAAAGAGAUAAUGUGAAGCAAAAUGUAUUGGUUGAUAAAAUAUUUGAAUCAACUUUAGCAAAGGAAGAAAUGUACCAUAGUAGUUGUACUUGUGACACUUAUAUUUGUAGUAGUGUAGUAAAAUUUCCAUUUCAUGAAAUAGAUUUUGGAUGGGGGAAGCCUAUAAAAGUGAGUGUAGCAAAUGGCCCAUUUGGUAAAAUAAUUUACUUGAUGGGUAAUCAAGGUGGUGGAGUUGAUGCUUUUGUGAUGUUAAGUGAACAAGACAUGUUUGUAUUGGAACGUGACACUCAACUUCUUGAAUUUGCGUAUUUAGUUCCAACUUCUUAG